AUGGUCUCCCUAAAAAUCCAUCAACUGUCAUCGAAUUCCAUAACCGAGCAACCCUUGAGCCCACGAACCUCCUUCUCAUCCGAAUUUUUCAACGAGCGCGACUUCAUCUCGAUAUGCCCCAACCCAAUGUGGGACGAAGCCUAUUCCGAAUGGGACAUGAUAGAGUUUGAGUUCCCAAGCGCGGGCCAACUCUUCCACAAGCCCAAGCCCAAGCCCAAGCCCAUGGAUGGCUCAGGUAAGCCCACAAGGGAGAUUAUAAACUGGCUUCCGGAAGAUGACCCGUCCCCGAGGCCACCAAAAUGCACCAUCCUUUGGAAGGAACUAUUUAAUUUGAAAAAAUCGCGCGCCACGUCAGCGGCGGCUUUUUCCGCCAUGUCAUCAUCCUCGUUUUCUAAAUCCUUGUCUUCAGCUCCCAGAGCUUCACUGAGUGAUGCUAAUAUUAAUAAAGACAAGUCUAAGGUUAUUAAGAGGAAUAAGGAGAAGAAAGGAAAGGAGAGAAUGAGUAUAAGGAUAAGGCCGGUGCUUAACGUGCCGAUUUGCAGUCAGGCGAAGAGCGUUGCGUUUUCUCCCGUUUUUCCGGUGAGGAAAGGUAGAUUAGAGAGGUAA